AUGCACACAUUGCAUGUACCUGGCGUGACAAAUCGCAUCUGUCUUAUCGAUACGCCUGGGUUUGACGACACAAAUCGAAGCGACGCCGACAUUCUCCAAGAAGUUGCAUUCUGGUUGGUCAGAUCAUAUAAAUUGGGAAUUCGUCUCAGUGGAAUCAUUUACCUUCACCGCAUCAUUGACGUUCGACUUGGAGGUAGCGCAGUACGAAGCCUGAAUGUCUUCAAGGCCAUGUGCGGUACCGAAAACUUUCAUGGUGUGACAAUGGCCACGACAUUCUGGGAUAAAGUGGAGGAUUUCGACAAAGCCCGCGAGGACAAAGACGAAUUAUUGAGGAACCCGCAUUUCUGGAAAGAACUUGCCGAUGGGAAUUGCACGAUCAGGUCUUUGACAGCGGGCAAAUCUUCGGCCAUCGAACUUGUCACGGCCAUAGCACACUCAGGCAAACAAUUGGUACUGAACAUGCAGUAUCAGCUUGUGGAAGAAAAAUUACCCAUAUACGAGACUGAUGCCGGACUGGUGCUUCAAGAGUCUUGGUUCCAGGAGAAGAGCGACCUCCACUCGAAGCUCAUGGAAACAAGAAGACAGCUGACAGCUGCUCUGGCUACGAAUAAAGCAGAUCGACAGAUAUAUCUACAACAACACUGCAAAGAACUGUCCACCAGGAUCAUACAGCGAAAUGCAGCAAUGAAAGAUCUCACUCAGUCUAUUGAAGUGAUAACAGAUACCUGGGCAAAGAAAGCUGCUGAUGUACUUGAGCUGAGGAAGAAGCAGUACAAAGAUGCACAGUCCAGACUCAAACGAGCGACGACAUCCCUCAAUCUAGUACCAUCAAACAGCUUAGAGUACGUAAAGAAACAGCGAGAGGUAGACAAACUCUUCAAAGAAAAAGAGGUGGCAGAUCGGUUGCAAAACAUCCAAAUUGCUUCGUACUCUUUGAAGUUGAACGAAGCUAGCCUUGCGACAGCUAUUGUUAGCGGAAUAGGGAGCAUGAUCAGCGCCGGUGUGGCAGUAGUGCCUUUCAUUCCAAUUAUUGCGGCAUGUAACGUCAUGUAG